UGAUCUUGCUAGCCAUUAAUGUUGUCGUGAAAACUACGCAUGCGUGUUUCUGUAAAAUAGAAGAAAGCGGCUGCGUAGCCGUAGAGAGAGAGAGAGAGAUAGAUAGAUAGAGAGAGAGAGAGAGAGAGAGAGAGAGAGAGAGAGAGAGAGAGAGAGAGAGAGAGAGAGAGAGGGUAUUUGCCGGUUGCCGGUUGGCCGCGCGCAUGGCGGCAAUUUUUUUUGUAUAUAUUACACUUAUUACAGCAUUGUUAUCGGGUCUGAUGGAAAGGAUGUACGUAUGGUGGACUGUGCUUUUUCACAAAUUUGCAGUCUUAUGGGCGAUUUAUCACCUCGUGUGAGAGCAUCGGCGAUGUCUCUUUUGGGCACCAUGAAAAGUGUAUCGCGUCGUUACAUAGAACAAGCGUUGGAUAAAAAACAAAUAGUGGUCGAAGAAGAAGAACAGAGAGAGAAAAAGAAAGCGCGUUCAAAAACACGGAAGUUUCCAGCGUAAAGUAUGAGAAGAGGAUAUUAUAAAAAGUGGCUCGAAGAGCAUGAUAUUAAUGUUCCCGAAUCUACGAAAAGAAGUCGUGUUGCCCGGUUAUUUCAAAAUGAUAAUGCAUUUGAUCAUCCGGCUGCUCCAGAGCAUAUUGAGAUUGAUGCAAAUGCUGUUGAAAAUCAAGAUGAACAAAAUACUCAUGAUAGUAACUCCGAAUUAGAUAACACAAAUGAUUACGAUGCUGAACAAAAUACCCAUUAUGGUAACUCCGAAUUAGACAACACAAAUGAUUACGAUGCUGAACAAAAUACUCAGUAUAGUAACUCCGAAUUAGACAACACAGAUGAUUACGAUGCUGUACAAGAAAACACUGGAAACGUCGAACACAACUGUGAUGCAUCAGAAUCCAAUAAAAACGAAAAUAAUUCAUCGCUAGAAGAUAUCGAUAAUGAAAAUAAUAUGGAAGUCGACGAAGCAUUAGAAUUAAAUCUAGAUAAUAGACACAUUAUCCAGCAACCACAAAUGGAGGUAAGGGAUCCUCUUUACGAAGAUUGUCCUUUAACAAGAGAAGAGAGUGAACUAUUGAUUCUCGGAUUGUCUAUAAGACAUCACAUCACAGAUGCCACAUUAGAAGAUAUAAUUCAAGUGAUUGAUUGUCACCUUCCACGUCCAGUACAAAUAUCGAAAUUUCGUAUAUUAAAUCGUCUCUCGGUGUCUACUGGAAAUGGCACGAUUUUUUACUAUUGUCCAAAUUGUAAUGAACUUCUACGACAUAAUGAAUAUGAAUUAGAAGUACAAUGUAAUGAUUGUGAAACUCUAUUUGAAAAAUCCGAAUUGAAACAAAAGGGUAACUUCUUUUUUCAUUUUCCAAUCAAAAAACGACUGAUAGAUGUGAUUAAUAAACAUUUUCAUCAAAUACGAAGAACGACCGAUACUGAAAGCGAUGUUGUCAGUUCAAACGUGUAUUCUAAAUUACGGCAAAAAGGAGUUAUCAAUGAAAAUGACAUCACGAUUCAAUGGAAUACUGAUGGUGUUCAAGUUUUUAAGUCGUCGAAAAUUUCUAUGUGGCCGAUUCAAGCGUGUGUCAAUGAAUUACCUUAUCGUUUGAGAAAAGAGAACAUGCUAUUAUGUGGUUUGUGGUAUGGUACAAAAAAACCCAACAUGUUCCUGAAACCAUUUGUUGACGAGUUGCGAAAUCUACAUGAAGAAGGAAUACUUUAUAGAGGAUCAAUAGAAAACCUACAAUGUGUAACUAUAAAAGUUCAUACUCUUCUUGCUUCUGUCGAUGCACCAGCUAGAUCAGCUCUUCAGGAAUUAACUUAA